AAAUUGGGGGGGCCGAUGGUAAACAAGGGGUGGGCAGGUUCUGCUGCCACAACUGCUGGCCGCUCUGAAAAAUCUCAAGUAUAAAAAUACCGUAGCAGACACACGUAUAUGUGCCCCGUGGAGCAAACUGUAAAGUAGGUUUUUUUUGUGCCCUUCCAGCUUACUUUGAUGGGUUCCUUUUUUGACCUUUUCGAUCCGUCACCAACGGCGGAGUCCGAGUGUGACGCGGACACACGCAACGACAAUGGCGAGGAGGACAGCAGCGACGACAGCGGCAGCUUUGGGGACAGCUCCGUAAGCCACCUACUCCACCACACGCCCGAUGGCACCGGCAGUAGCGAGCUAAUCCUGAAAGGCAUCGACUUCAGCCGUGGCUUUCUGCCCCCCGAACCGCAGCUCGGAAACAUCGAGUAUAAACUGAAGCUGAUCAAUCCGUCGAAACAACGCUUCGAGCAUCUGGUCACGCAGAUGAAGUGGCGUUUGCGCGAAGGAAAUGGCGAGGCCAUCUACGAGAUCGGCGUGUCCGACUCGGGUCACCUGCACGGCCUGAGCGACUCCGACAUGUCCGUGUCGCUGCACACGCUCAAUCAGAUGGCCCGCAAGCUGGACGCUUCGACAAGCGUGCUGCGGCGCAAGAGCCUGCCCGAUGAUCGGUCGGUGGUGGAGGUGCUGGUACGCAAAAUACCCGAUGACCAGCACAACAUCGAGGUCCGGGUGGCAGUGCUCGGCGGGGCCGAUGCGGGUAAGUCCACUCUGCUGGGCGUGCUGACGCAGGGAGAGUUCGAUAACGGGCAGGGCCGCGCCCGGUUGAAUAUGUUCCGGCACAUGCACGAAAUUCAGACCGGUCGCACAUCCUGCAUAUCGCACGAAACGCUCGGCUUCGAUGCGCAGGGCAGCGUUAUCAACUACAAGUACAACGAAAUGAUGACGGCGGAAGAAAUAAGCGACCGUUCGACGAAACUGGUCACAUUUAUGGACCUAGCCGGGCACCGGCGCUACCUGAAGACGACGGUGCAGGCACUUUCCGGGUACUGCCCUGGCCACGCCCUGAUCGUGAUCAGCGCGGGCAACAUCAGCACCAUGACACGGGAGCAUCUGGCCAUCGUACACGCGCUGGACAUCUCGUUCUCCAUCAUCGUCACCAAGAUUGAUCUCGCACCACCGGAGCCGGUGCUGUUUGAGCUGAAAAAUCUGCUCACCUCGAUCGGUUACCGCAAGAUACCGUACUUAAUCAGCAACGAGGACGACGUGCUGAACGCCAACGCGCACCAGAGCGCCGAGCAGAUCGUGCCGAUCUUCUGCGUCUCGAACGUGACCGGCGAGGGCCUCGAUUUGCUUAUCAAAUACCUGUACGUACUGUCGCCCGGCAUUAGUAACGCGGAAAAGGAACGGCUCGAGCAGGAGGCACUGGAAUUUCAGAUUGACGAGAUUUUCCGCGUCGCCGAGGUGGGCCUCGUGGCGGGCGGGUUGCUGGGUAAAGGGGUCCUCACCGAGAACAGCCAGGUGAAGGUGGGCCCCCUGCAGGAUGGUUCGUUCUUCUCCGUUGUCGUACAAACGAUUCACCGCAAUAAGGCGCCCUGUCGGGUGGUGCGCGCCGGGCAGAGCGCUUCGCUGUCCUUCAACGCUCUCGAACCGAUGCCACCGUUACGCAGCGGUAUGGUGAUUCUGCCGGAUUACGAGAGUGACGACAUAGCGUGCGGGUGCUACUUCUUCCAGGCACACGUCUCGGUGCUUUUCCACGCGACGCGCAUAUUCAAGGGAUUUCAGACUACCGUCCACAUCGGUAGCAUUCGUCAAACGGCCAUCAUCGAGGGUAUUAUGGGAGCCGGGGAAACUGGCAUCGGUACAAAUCAAACGGCAUCGGUUCUCUUCCGAUUUGUCCGCCAUCCGGAGUAUGUGCGCCCGGGGAUGCGGAUUCUGUUUCGUGAGGGAACCAGCAAGGGAAUCGGUAAGGUGACGCAAGUUUUCCCGCUUAAAAAACCGCACUCGAACUCGGAGACUUAGACGGAGACCGCACCGAGGCGCCAGAUUUGAACUUCUAAACAUACACCUACCGCAGGCAGAUUAGAACGAUUGAUAACGUGUGACGAUUGUUUAGUAAUAAAUUUUACUGUGAUUUGAACCAGAA